AUGAUUGGGAACCACAGUGUAUGCCGAAUCCUGGUAGACAAUGGGAGCUCAGUGGACCUCCUUUACUCCGACUGCUUGGAAAAGAUGGGAAUCCGAAAGGAGCAGUUGGAGAAAACCUCUAGGCCAUUAUACGGUUUCACUGGGGACUCCGUCAUCCCUCAGGGGACUAUCCGGUUGCCCAUAACCGCCGGAGAAAAACCUCAACAGACCACAACGAUGGCCAACUUUGUGGUAAUAAAGGGGGGCUCUCAGUACAAUGUUGUAAUCGGGAGACCGACCCUUCAGGCGAUGAGGGCAAUAACCUCCGUCUACCACCAGAAGGUCAAGUUCCCUACUCCAAACGGCGUAGGUGAGAUGAAGAGCAACCGGUAUGAAGCUAGGGUUGCAUACUCUAAUGCCCUCCGUGGAUACGACCAGCCAAGCGACAAGAGGCCAGGAUGGUCUAUCAAAACACUAUUGAAGACAUAG